GCGUGAAGUGCGUUAGUUGUGAGUUGCGUUGUCGUUGGCUUGGCCCACUGUUUUCCAUCAGUAACCAACAGCAAUAAGUAUCUGUACAUUUGAAAUAAGUCAAAGAGAUAGCAGCUAAAAUGGCCAGCAAACCAGUUCUCUACUACUCCCCACGCAGUCCCCCCUCCCGUGCCGUUCUCCUAACAGCCGCCGCUCUGGGUGUUGACUUAGAUUUGCGUCCGGUUAAUGUCAAAGCGGGAGAGAACAGAACCCCCGAAUUUCUGAAACUAAAUCCACAGCACACGAUUCCCGUGUUAGAUGAUAACGGCACUGUGGUGAGCGACUCUCAUGUGAUUUCCGCGUACUUGGCCGACAAGUACGGUCUGGACGAACGUCUCUAUCCCAAGUCGCCGGCAGAGCGCCGGGUGGUCGAUGCCCGACUCUACUACGACUGCGGCCACGUCUUUCCACGCGUGCGCUUCAUUGUGGAGCCCAUCAUUUAUUUGGGCGUUGGAGAGAUACCCGAGGAUCGAGUUAGCUACAUGGAGCGUGCCUACGAUGGACUCGAACACUGUCUGGCCGCAGGCCCGUAUUUGACCGGCGAAAAUCUCACCAUUGCUGAUCUCUGCACCAUAGCGUCGGUUUCGUCUGGUGCUGCUUUUGCGCCCAUCGAUGCCGAGAAGUUUCCGAAAUUGACGGAGUGGGUCGAGCGUCUUCAAGCACUGCCUUACUACCAGAAAAACAACCAAGAAGGACUGGAUUUGCUGGUUAAACUUAUUAAGGAUUUAAUUGCCGAACGCCAGCAGGCCAAGGCUUAAUUUUAAAUGCAGUUCAACAACUCAAUAAAGAAUUCAAUUCAAGCAAA